AUGGAAGACAAUGUGCUUGACGGACCCUACUACGUUUACUGCAAAAACUAUUUGAGCUCCUUCGGGACGUGGCCACUACAGAGCUAUAAAAAAAAAGUGCUGCUUCGCACGUUAAUGUAUUUGGGCUGCAGUUCGGCUCUUAUUCCACACGUUACCAAAGCAUACGAACUACGCAACCAUCUCGAAUACUUUUUUCUCUGUAUUCCUAGCAUCAUUUUUUACGUCCAAGUGUUGACGAAAAUUUCCUGCAUGAUACUCAAUGAGGACAAAUGCAAAGAAUUGAUCAAACAAAUCAAGAGUGAUUUCCAAAGCUACACGGGAGAUAACCUAAGGAUUCUCAACGAGUAUGCGGAACAAGCGCGAAAAGUUAAUCAUGUCUAUAUCUAUUACUUCAUGGGUACAGUAGUGGUAUACAACACGUCGGCUUUCGUGCCGCUGCUGCUGGAUCUUCUCGUACCUCUGAACGAGACACGCCCGCGUCCCGUACUCAGACUCAUGAAAUACAACAUCCAGCGGAUUGAGAACAAUUUUUUCGUUACGACGCUGCAUGGCUUCGUACUCAACAUCCUCGGCAUGAUGCUUAUUAUGGGCUUCGAUACACUGCUGCUAAACUGUUCACAGCAUGCUUGUGCCCUAUUUCAAAUCGUAAUAACUGAGCUAAAAGAUACUAUUGACAAGCAUAAGAUCGAAGCCACUUCAGAUACCGCAAAGGAUACCAAUUCUCGAGAUGUAUUCUACCAAGAAGUCGUCAAGGUUAUUAUCAAACACAAGCACGCCAUAGAAUUCGUGGAUCUCGUAGAGUCGAUUUAUGCGAUGGCUAACCUCCUCGUCAUCGGCAUAACAUUGGGCUCGAUAACAUUAGCGGAAUUCGAAACUGUGCAGCAUAAGGACAAUCACGAGAUUGCGUUCAGGUACGCGAUUUUCACCAGCGGUGAACUACUCCAUAUUCUCUUUCAUAACUAUCCUGGACAAAGGAUCAAGGAUCACAGCUUAAUGGUUUACCAGUCGUGCUACAACUGCGAGUGGUACAGGGAGGGCAUAACCGACGAGUGUAAGAAGCUUUUGAGCUUCAUGAUGCUGCGGAGUCAGAAGCCGAGCUGCUUGACUGGUGGUGGACUUUACGUUUUGGGAUUGGAAAACUAUGCAACGAUUCUCAAAGCAUCCCUGUCGUACUUCACUUUCCUGUCAUCCGUGUGA